GGCGUUUGUUUCGGGUGUAGUGGGCAGGGAAAGUGGCUUAUCUGGCGGAGGUGGAACGCAUGAGAGAUGAUGAGACGGCUAGAGACCAUUGGUGCAGAUGGCGAUCAAGAGAUCGUGGAGGCUGUGCUCGGAGGGGAUGCUGUCUUGCAGCCUUCGGGUGGGGGACCUAUUUCACCACAUCCGCCGACGUCGCUGCCACACAUGACCCCUGACCGCCCUGCUGCAACACACCAUGCCACUCUCCCACCAUCCCCGAUCAUUAUGGGACAUGCUGAUGUUCCACCUGUAUCUGCAUCGCCUCCUGGACCAUGCGGCUCGUCUGCGUCUCAUGCUCCUGUUACCUCAGAGGCAGGAGGUUCAGGCACGAUGGACUCGGAGUCGCAGGUUGUGUGCGACGUUGUACUGGGACUUAUGGCACCCAGAGGUGCGGAGGUGGAGCAGAUGUUGCAGACACAAAGGAGCCACACUGUCCCAUACAGGGUGCCCAUUCACGUGCAGCCCAUCUCGGAUGAGGUUCCUAUUGGAGACAUGACACGAGGCGACGUGGAGGAGCCGGGAGGGCACGGAGCAGAGGGCAAGUCGCGAGCGGAUCUUCACACGACGGGCUCCGCCUCCGACACGCAGGUGGUAGUGGCAUACGAGGAGAGGGCGGGUGUGGUGGAUCCGUUGCCGGACACCCCUACAGGCCAUGACGGAUGUCCUGGUGUCUAAGACGCAUCGACGCCAGCUUACACCCAUGUCAGCCCUAUAUAUAAAGGAUCCUCCGGGAGCUUGGAGCGUGAGGAGGCGUAGUCAGCGAGGAUU